ACCAAGGCUGGGAAUUACUGCUCUAAAAUGUGCUUGAAGCAUGGAGUUAGACUUGCAACUUGGAAAAGGCAGAAGGCAAGGUGUUGCAGCAAAGAAAUUGGGACUUGAGAGGAUGGUCAUGUCCCAGCUCUCAGAAUAUCCACAUUUCAGUUUCUCCACCUAUCAAGUUUUAAUUCAUCAUGGAUAAUCUGUCAGCAGAAGAAAUUCAGCUGAGGGCUAACCAGGUUACUGAUGAGUCUCUGGAAAGUACAAGGAGAAUCCUGGGUUUAGCCAUUGAGUCUCAGGAUGCAGGAAUCAAGACUAUCACUACGCUGGAUGAACAAGGGGAACAACUAAAACGCGUAGAAGAAGGCAUGGACCAAAUAAACAAAGACAUGAGAGAAGCAGAGAAGACUUUAACAGAACUAAACAAGUGCUGUGGCCUUUGUGUAUGCCCCUGUAAUAGGACAAAGAACUUUGAGUCUAGUAAAGUCUAUAAGGCAACAUGGAGAGAUGGUGGAGACAACUCUCCUAGCAAUGUAGUAUCUAAGCAGCCAGGCCGAGUGACAAAUGGUCAGCCUCAGCAAGCAACCACAGGAGCAGCCAGCGGCGGAUACAUUAAACGUAUAACAAAUGAUGCCAGGGAAGAUGAAAUGGAAGAGAACCUGACUCAAGUGGGCAGUAUCCUAGGAAAUCUAAAAAACAUGGCCCUGGACAUAGGCAAUGAGAUUGAUGCUCAAAAUCGACAAAUAGAACGGAUCACAGAAAAGGCUGACACCAACAAAGAUCGUAUUGACAAUGCCAAUGCCAGAGCAAAGAAACUCAUUGACAGCUAAAGCUACUGCUGUACUUCUUUAUCAUUUAUUCACUUCCCUAGCUCCUCCUUCAGUCAUUACCUUUCCAGAGUUUGAAAUUUUGGUUCCACACUCUUCUAAUCGGGAGAUGAUGUGGAAGAAGAUCUAGGCGUAACAGCCCCCCUAUUCUUUUAUUUUCUCUUUUUCCCUUGAGGGUAGACUGUGGCUUAGUUUUCCUUCUAGUACUUUCUUUCUCAGUCCAUACUCCUAGGUUGGUUUUCAUACAUCAUAUAUAAUGUUAUUUUUCAUUCUCUCCAUUUACUUAGCAAGUUCUUCUGCUUUGAAACUUUGGAAGCAUUGCCAAAGACAGCCAUGUCAAAGGCUGGGGGCAGUAGGGGCAGGCACAAGGAGGAGAGGCAAGAGAUAAGAGGUUGUUACCUCAGUAAAACCUGCAGACCCUAAAGCCAAAAGUUGCAUAACCACAGUGAAGAUCUAGUUGGUUUUAAUUUCUGUUUAAGUUGCAGUUUUUGCCAGUUUAGGCCAAUGCUUGAUUUUGGAGCCUGUAUACACAAUAUUUUUGUUAUACAUCACAACUUUGCAACCUCUGCUUCAAAUAACAGAAUGAGUUUUCUUAAAGUGAGCUUAAUUUCUGAACUCUUGGUGGUUCAUCUAUGUACAUAGAUUCUAUGAUCCCAUUUCAUAUUGCACCAUAUAGGAACACAUGGUAUAAAUGAAUGGCUUUUUAUUUUCAUAUUAUUAAUAGUAUCAUGGUCCCAUUACAGGCCUAUUAACCUCAUAAAUUUGUCAUUAGUCUUUGAAGAAGAAAUAUGUAAAUAUGUAUAUAUAUUAUGAGAAUUUCUCUCUACAGCAGGGCUUAAAAUUUUUUGGAAAAGUUUGACAAAGUAUAUCACGUGAAUUCAGAUUUACCUCAAUGCCAAGAAUUGUUUAGAUAGGAAAAAAGAAACUUGUUUUGAUCUCAGGUAGAAAAUAGUUAGAUUACUUUGAGUUUUAUGUAGCUUUAAACUUUUUUAAAAACUAGAAUUUAUUCUGUUUAAAAAUGAUUUAGAAAAUUAUGUCUUUGGUUUACUUAUUGAUGAUUGCACUAUGAUUCUCUUAGCUUUUUGGAUUCAACUUCCAGAAUCACAUUUGCUUAGAUCCUGAACAGUGUUAUAAGAAUCUGAUUGGUAUUUGUCACCUUUAAAAACUAGCUUCUGCACACUUCAAAGCUAUUAAUGUCGAUUGGUUUGACCAAUAACCACUGUUUGAUCCUUACAAUUAAAUUUUGUAACUAACUAAUGGAACUGUUUUUUCAAAUAAGUGAUGUGCUUCUGUGAGUACUUUUUGGGGGGUGGAAAGCAAUAAUUUUGUCAGCUCUUAUUUGACAAACUGAAUAGAGCAAAGAUCCAUAAAUCAAAAGGCACUCCAACAAACACCUGACUUUAUUAGCACCUUUCCCAUUUUCAUUGGAAAUAUAGGACUUUUCAUUGCUAUGAUUUGUCAUGAGGUUCAUUUUAAUCAUUACUAGUUGUUUUAUUCAUUUGAGCUUAUAAUACACUAGCGACUGAAAGUGUUUAUGAGUGAAAACUGCAACGCACUUACUGGAGGAGAUAGAGUUAACAUGGGAACUUUCAAAGGCUGAAAAGGAAAAUAUUUAUAGUGAGAUUUAAUUAGGCCCUCAGUAAUAGAAAUGCCACAUGCCAAAAAGGAGUAGUUUGGCAGGUGGUAGUAAAUGUGUGUGUAUAAUAAGAAGGUAUAAAACACUGGGGGCUGUUCUAUACUUAAAUAUCCUUCCUAAAAGCGUUAAAAAAAAAUUUUAACACUAUUAUGGCUGAAGGAAAUAGUUCUAAAGAUACCAGUAUGCUGUUCCAACAGUAUAAUUGGUUAGAAGUGUGAACUAAGGCACCAUAUUGUCUGGAUUUACACUCUAGCUCUGCCACUUGCUGGCUGAGUGACUAUAAAACCAUUUCUGUGCCUCAGUUUCCUUGUGCGUAAAGUGGGAUUAAUGAUUCCUACCUCAUAGAGUUGCUGCGAAGACUUAAUGUGGUAAUGCAUGUAAAGCACUUAGAGCAGUGCCCAGCAAACGUAAGAGCUUAUUAAAUGAUAGCUGCUAUUCUCUCUAGAGCGGAGCUCUUUUUGGGUCAAGGAUCUCUUCGUGAAUUUGAUGAAAGACAACACAGCCUAUCUCUCCAGAGAAACAGACACACAAACACACACACGUGAAUCAUGCAUAAAUGGGUCUUGAAAGCCCAUCCAUGGAUCCCAGGUUACAUAUUUUUUCAAAGCUUCUGCUACUGAGAAAAGAGGAAUGAGGACCUAGAACUUAGGCUCAUAAUACACUAGAAAUAGAAGCUGUUGACUUAAAAGUCUUCUCCUGUGACACUGUCUGGAAACUUGUUUCUAUUACUUUUGAAAGGUAGUGACUGAGGUGGUUAGCACAAGCUCUGGAGUCUGACCAACUGUGUUCAAGUUUUGGUUCAAUCAUUUACUAGUUUUGUGACCUUGAGCAUAAAACUGACCUAUAAUUAAGGAGUUAAACAUUAUUCUCCACUGAACUUAAUUUUUUUUUAACAAUAAGCUCCCUCUUCAGGUUUCUGGUCUUAUGACAGUGAUCUUUAUCCCCUAUAGUUGUGCCUGUUUUUUUCUUCUUUCACAGUUUUAAUUCAUCAUUUGUUUACCACAUUUCAACUCUAGAUCUUUUCAUGUCAUGUAUGGAUUAGGAAUCUCCCCUUAACUUAAAUUUCUACUUCCCAGACAUCCUAUACUCAAUUGCUCUUAGAAUUAGUUUCUUUAAACGCUAUUCUUUAGGUUACUCCCUUACUAAAACCCUAAGUUAUCCCAGUUACAUUCCUAAGCAUACUUAUAGUUCUCAGGUUGAUAUUCAGGUUCCUUAUUCUCUACUCAUUUGUUUUUCAUCCUAAUGUAGUGUUUGCUCCAAGCCUUCCAUUUCUGUACAACUUGCUAAAUUCUAUUUUAAUGUUUUACAGGUAAAAUAAAUAGCACCAUUUAUUGAGCGCUUACUCUGUCAUAGGCACUAUUCUAAAUGCUUUUAUGUAUCUUUUCACCAAAUCCUCAUAACAUACAUGAGAGGUAGGAGGUGUUUCCCCAUAUUAUGGAUGAGAGUAAGUUGCUCAAAUUCAUAAAGCUAGUAAAUGAUAGACUUUGGAUUCAAAUCAGGAUCUUUCUGACUCCAAGGCCCAUGUUCUUACUCAGUAUACUACACUGACUUCUAACCAAGCUCUAAAAGAAGGUAGGUGAUUUAGAAUCUCAGUCUCCAGACCUCAAGUCAACCCACUUUAUUAGCUCAUAUUUAAGUCUAAACACUGUGUACUAUAUCUUUGGGCAUAUUACUUUACUUAAUCCCUGCCCUCAAGUAGCUCAGUCUAGCAAGAGGCAGAUGAAUACAGAAUGUGAGAAAUGCUGCCGUAACAGAUGGAGCAGUUAAUUCGGCUUAGACUUCUCAGGAAGGGGCUUAGACAGAAAAGGAGCGUGUUAGUAAGAGAGGGCAUUCUGACUGAGCAAACAAUGUAAAGACAGUUAAAGGAGACAGACGUUGCACUGUGGGUUUAAGGAGCAGAAUAACCUGGUAAGACUGGGCAAGUGAAUGAGAGUGAAGAGAGGGUAUCUGGAAACAAGGCUGCGUCCAAGUUGUGAAAGUUAGCCAUCAAAACGGGAUUCUCUUAAGGGUAGGGAUUUUUAAAACUCCCAUUAAUAAAUGUCUUGGGACAUUUAAGUUAUUUAAUUUAUAAGUUCUGAUUUAUUAGAUAAGUAUUGAUAAAAUAGAGAAAUGUUCAGUAGAUCAAUAAGAUUAAGCAUUAAACAAAGUUUAUAAAAAACAAAACUCAAUUGGUAAUGUAAACUGGCACCCCCAUCCCUCCCCAGUUGAGAAACAGAGAAUAACAUGGGAAAAAGAGAACCCCUAGACCAGAUUUAAGGUCAGAGAGACUUUCCUCAUAUAAACACUAGGCUCUUGUGAUCUCUUGACGUAAUGGUUAAACUAGGUUUGUAAAAUGAGAACUAACAGUACAUGGUAAAUGACGGCCCCUUGGCUAAGACAAAACAUCAGAAAACAGCAGAGUUGUAGCUUUCUAAAUGUUCAUGCCAGUAACAGUCUGAAAAAAUCUACUUUUAUAGCUUCAGUUUCUCUUAAUAAGCAUGGUUUCCAGUACCACAAAAUGUUUAUAAGUCACAUGAAGGCAUUUCAGUACUCUUGCAACCCGAACAAGAACAUAAAACAUUUCUUAUCAGUUUACUUUCAAACAAAGGUCCAUUUACAGGUUAAAGUUCCCCUGUCGUCUUACUUUAAAGGAUUAACCUUUCUUCCAGCCAUAGUUAUUAAAAAAUCUUUAGUAUAUUCUCUCAUUCAGAGAAUAAAUUUGAUAAACAUAAGUUGUUGUAAAAUACUGUAACAGUAGCUUUUUGAUAGGUAAUUUGAUUAUUAGAGUUCUAAAUACAAAAAGAUGACCAGAAAUAAGAGACUGUUUCUAACAAAGCUUCAGGAAAAUCUUGAUUAUUAAAACCCUGUAUCUUACAAGUUUUGCAUACAGUUUUAGCUCUUCAGAGCCCUCUAUCAAUAAGGCACCUGCAAUAGUAAAAAAAAAAAAAAAAAUUUCUACUGCAGCCUUGGGAACACCUCUUAGUGUUGUGUUGUUGCUUCUCUGACAAAGUACACUUUUAAUCAAGAGUCAUACCUUUAUGUACAUCCUAAAUUCCAAGUAUAAACAUUGCAAUUGAACUAAUGGACUGGAGUAAAAUCAUAAAUCCUUAGAUUAACCAUAGCAGCCUCUCAUGAAUUAUUUGAAUUUCAUAAAAAUAUGAAGUGUCAACACAGGGUGGAAUGGCAAAUGAUUUUCUGAAAGCUCGCACAUUGAGACACAUGAAAUUUCAAGCUGUUGUGUGGAGCUAUUCUGGUACCAGGCAGCAUCCCCUCACUGUAUACAUAGCAACUAGCUACUGGGUUUCUCAAAGCCAAACAAAUGAUGGUUUCAAAGAUCAACACUGUCCUUUGCCCUAUCCAUGACUCAAAAUGGAAGAGUCUUCCUGUGUUUGAUUCCCUUUAGCUUAUUUGAGAUGAGCCCUGGAAAGGAAAAAGAUCAUUGAGUGAAAUAUAACCUCCUGGAAUAUCAUCUCCUCACUGCAGAUAUCCUUGACAACAACAGGAGCCUUUCAUUCAGCCAGAUUGCAACAGGUUCCAAGUCAGUGUCCUGUAUGGUUCACAUGCUCCUGGAGAACAUCAUGCAAACUUCUUCUUGGUGGCUGUGAACCUCUCCAUGUACUGAAAAUCAUGAAAGAAUACAUGUGUUAUUUUUCCCUGAGCAAAUAACUAACUUAUUGGUUAUUUGGGAUUUUAUGAUUUUUUUUCCUUUAGUUUUUUUGUUUUUGUUUUUUUUUUUCGGUACGCGGGCCUCUCACUGUUGUGGCCUCUCCCGUUGCGGAGCACAGGUUCUGGACGCGCAGGCUCAGCGGCCGUGGCUCACGGGCCCAGCUGCUCCGCGGCAUGUGGGAUCUUCCCGGACCGGGGCACAAACCUGUGUCCCCUGCAUCGGCAGGCGGACUCUCAACCACUGCGCCACGAGGGAAGCCCAUCCUUUAGGUUUUUAUGGUCCUUCAUUUCCUACAAAAUCUACCUAUUCUAGAUGCAAAUUUAAAGCACAUGGUUUUGUGGGGUGUUUUUUUUCUUUCCUUUAUAUCUUAAUAGGACACCUAUCAAAAGAAAAAGAUGCUUUACAAUAAGCUGUCGAGAGAAAAAUAUCAUCUUGGCACAAUACCAUUUGGCUGAUUCUCAGAACCCACCUCCAAAAUGGAGAACAAAUCCUUAUUGACAUAAACGGAUUAUACAUACGUCCCGUACCUAGAAACACUCGUGUGAGUUACUUCACCUUUCUCUUCUCUGGAGCAGUGACUAGAAAUUCAGAAGUACACUAAUACAUACCUUAUCAUAGCCUUCCAGUUCUCGAAGUUUCUUUAUUUCAAAAAGGUUGCCUUCUACAGCAAGCAGACAGAUCUGGGAAUCACUGAGGAUGCUCUGUGGAAGCAUACUGAGCUCAAGACAAUUCUCCUCCAAACGAAGAACUUUAAGGCGAGGACAGCAAGAUAUCUUCACUGAGAUCUGAGCUAUCUAUUGAACAAUUUAUAAAAGGGAUAAUAGGAAAAAGUAUAAGCACUGUAAUGAUUAUUUUUUACUAAAUUAAAAAAUCUUU